CGCUCCGAUGCCCCCUGCUGGUUGCUAUGCCAACACCUGGCCCAGAUUUUAAAGCUUCAGGAACCAGUUAGGUGCUGGCACUGCCUGCAGAUGCAGCCAAUCACAGAGGGGCUUCCUCAGACGCGUCCAAAGAUCCUCUCUGGAGGAGAGAGCUCACUCAGACCUAAAUACAGAAACCGCCAGGACCACAACACCGGGGUCACAGAGAGGUCAAGGGCAAAGGGAGACAGGUCGGUUCUGACCCGAUUGGUCUGGUUCUUGCAGGUCAGCGUUCUCCGGGGGUCGGACGGGUUUGGAUUCACCAUCUUCUCCGAUCAUCCCGUCAGAGUCCAGGCCGUGGAUCCGGGCGGUCCAGCUCAGCGGUCCGGACUCCGUCAGUGAGACUCGGUCCUCCAGCUCAACGGACUUCCUGUGGAAACCUGGACCUGUGCCAACCUGGCCCAGGCCAUCAGGAGCUGUCCGUCUCAGGUCAUCCUGGCAGUCUGGAGAGGUCUACCUGAACUGGGCUCGGCGUGCGAGACGUGGCUCCGCCCACAGCUUUACAAUCCGGUAACGAGCAACGAGUUUGUGUCUACGUAUACGUGUCGUCUCUAUCGGACCCAUCCUAGCGGAGGUCAGAAUCUCCUCCAUACUCGGACCGGGAUGUCUCAGCCAGUCAGCGCCGGCCACACCUCCACCCUGCCCGUCUCACAAUCCAGAACCACGGUGUUGGGUCCACCUGGUAACCAUGGAAACUACCAGAACUGCAUCAUCGUUCAGUCCCAUCAGCCGCCGUCCGGAUACAGAGACACAUCACUUCCACCAAAAACUGUCAUCUUCCCCUUCUUUGUCCAGCCUCUGGACCUCUGCAGCCCGGUCAGAACCCUGCGCAUGUCCGAGGAGAUGAUUCUGCACCAGGCCGACCUGCUUCCUUACAAGGUCUCCGUCCUGAUCUUCUCUGACCUGCUGCUUCUUGCCAGAGAGGACGACGGCGGUCGCUGCACCGUCCUGCGCCGCCCGCUGUACCUGAAUGCGCUCCGGCUCAGAGAAGUUCCGUGGGAACCGCUCCGGCUCCACCUCCUGCAGAGGUCUGCCGGCUGCUGGCGCCGCAUCUUCAGCCUGGAGGCCUUCGACGCUGAGCAGAAGGUCCGGGUUGGCCUCUGUCUCCAGGACGACCGGCGGCGCUGCCUGGUCGCCAUGGAGACCAUGCUCCCCUGGCAGCUGUCAGACUUCGGCCUCCUCUGUCGUCCAUCUUCUCCUUUCUCCUCCCGCUGCUCCCCCGUGUUUCCAGGUGGCCCCGCCCACCCGACCCCGUCUGACCCCCCAUCACAGCGGCAGCAGGGGGAGGGGCAGAGUUCCUCUGAGGUGUCGGAUCCUGGGGGUUUAAGGCUCCGCCCCCCCAUCAGCCAGGAGGAAGAGGAGGAGGAAGAGCGCGGCUGCAGGCGUCCGGUUCUGCGCCGCUCGUUCUCUGAGGGUUCCUUGCUACAGGAAGCCCGAUUGCCUCACUUCCUGUCUGACAGCACCAUCCACCAUCUUAGACCUACAUCGACCUUUGACCCAACCCUCCCCCUUCCCUCCCGCCUGCCCCAGCUGACCAAGGAAGGAGCAUCUCUGCACCACAUGCUGCUGCUGCUCAAUGGAGCCAAGGAAGGAAAAUCCAGCAACUUCAGGCUGAAGGCGAAGAACACCAAAAGUUUACCAUCUGAAGGAGAGGUUAUGCGAUGGGCAUACAGUCUGGAAGCUCUGCUGACCAAUCAGUAUGGCGUGGCGGUGUUUCGUGACUUUCUGAGGUCAGAGUUCAGUGAGGAAAACCUGGACUUCUGGUUGGCAGUGGAGAAAUUUAAAAGGACACCCUCCCUCAGUAAGAUGACCACCCAAGCUAGGAGAAUCUAUGACCAGUUCCUAUCUCCAUGUGCUGCGAGAAAGGUCAAUGUGGACUCCACCAAUCACAGCCUCAGUUUGGGUGUUAACCCCGCCUCCUUCCAGCGGGCGCAGGAUCAGAUCUUCAGCCUGAUGGAGGCAGACAGUUACCCACGAUUCCUCAAGUCCCACCUCAACGCCCAGCUGGCCAAUCACAACACAGGCACAGCAGUGGAGCUGUCCAAUCAGACUAAUCAGUCUGUGAUUGACUAGCCAGAUGCAUCAUGGGACCUGUAGUUCAUAGAUUCUGAUUAAUACUAAAUAUUUUAGUGUGCCUCCUCUCACAAAACAUUGCACGUUUUUAUCAAAUAUUUAUAAAACUUUAGUUUUAAUCUCCUUCCUUUCUGUCACUGAUCAGGGGCCUCAUGUUUUGUUUUGUUUUUAUUUAACACUGAACAACAAUAAAAAAAAGUAAAAUAAAAAUAUAAAUAAAAAAAUUUGUCAGACAUCAAACAGAGAGAAAGCAGAACGAAAAAAACAAACAGAAAAAGAAAAAGAGGCUUUAGUUCUCAAAUAAAUUCAGGUCGUUAUAGAGCUGUAUUUAUUCCUGCUUGUUUUUCAGUUUUAAGGUUCUGAAGUGAUUUUUGUCCAUUAAAAGGUUUUUAAAAGCUGAAAAGUCAGGAUUUCUAUUUCCCAUUUACAGCAGUGGAUGAAGAAUGUGGUGAGGAUCAGCAGGUUGUGAAGAAUGAGGUUCUUCUGUCUCUGUGGGUUUUUCCAAAUAUUAGAUCCUCUGUUUUUAAGGGAUGAUGGAGGAAAGUUUGGAUGAGAUCCAGUCCUGAAAGUUCCUCCAAAAUGUUCCAGUUUGCACACAAUAGAAAAAGAGACGAUCUGUUGUUUCAGUCGUUGUCACAAAAGGUCCAGCUGUUGGUAUCAAAGUUGAAUCUUUGUCUUAAUAAUUCCCUGGAUGGAAAAAAGUUAUUGAGAAUUUUAAAAUGAACUUCUUUAGCUUUAGGACUUAGAGGAGAUUUAAGGUCAGCAGUUCUCCACUUAUUAACCUCUGAAUCAGAAAACUAAUUUAAAAUGGAGUUUUAUUUGGUCGGACAGGAAAUA